AUGGACAUAGAGGAGGCGGCGGCGGAGGGCCUGCCGCUGUCUACCGGCGCCCGGCUGGUGGGCAGCAAGAAGGCCUCGGCUGCCAAGAGCCCGGUGCGGGUCAGCCCUGCGGCGGCCAAGGCCGGCGCGGCGGCCUUUGGCCUGUUUGCCCUCCUGGCCGGCCUCAAGGUGUCCCUGGUCAUCGUGGCCGUGCUCUCAGUCUGCAUCGCCAUGUUGCUCUUCUCACUCUUCCUCGCCACCUGGGUGCUGAGGAAGGACGAGGGCACCGCCGACAUGCAGGAGAUUUCGCUGGCCAUCCGCGACGGCGCCGAGGGCUACUUUGCCACCCAGUACGGCACGAUCGCGCGGCUGAGCGGCGGCCUGUGUGCCGCCAUCUUCCUCGUCUACCUCUUCCGCCGCGAGACGGCGGAGCAGCAGGCGGCGGGCGUAAACCGCGUCACGCUGGCACUGCUCACCGCAGUGUCCUUCAUCCUGGGCGCCGCCUGCUCCUCGGCCGCGGGAUACGCGGGCAUGUGGGUCUCUGUUCGGGCCAACGUGCGCGUGGCGGGCGCGGCGCGGCGGUCGGCCAGGGAAGCGCUGGUGGUGGCGCUGCGUGCGGGCGGCUUCUCCGGCCUCAUUGUGGUCGGCCUGGUGGGUCCCGCGCCGCAGCACGGCGGCAGCCGGCUCUCGCUGGCCGCAGCAGGCUGCCUGAGCUGGGACCUGCAGGGGCCAGUGGCCAUGGUGCUGGGCAUCACCACGCUGUACUCCGUGCUGCACAUCCUGUAUGUGGGUGGGGAGCUGGGCGGCGGGCUGGCCGACACCGACAUACCGCUGCUGAUGGUGGGCUUUGGCUUCGGCGCCAGCUUUGUCGCGCUGUUUGCGCAGCUGGGCGGCGGCAUCUUUACAAAGGCCGCCGAUGUGGGGGCGGACCUGGUGGGCAAGGUGGAGGCGGGCAUACCCGAGGACGACCCGCGCAACCCCGCUGUGAUUGCCGACCUGGUGGGCGACAAUGUGGGGGACUGCGCCGCGCGGGGGGCGGACCUGUUUGAGUCGAUCGCCGCCGAGGUGAUUGCGGCGAUGAUUCUCGGGGGCGCCAUGGCCAAGCAGGCGGGCCUGGAGAGCGCCCAGGGCUUCAUCAUGUUCCCACUGGUGGUGCACACCCUGGACCUGGUGGUGUCUGCUGUGGGCAUCAUGUCCAUCGGCGCCAAGGCCAAGCCGCCCAAGGGAGGGGGCGAGGCGGAGGACCCGUACGCCGUCAUGAAGCGCGGCUACGCCAUCAGCGCCGCGCUGUCGGCGGUCGCCUUCUGCGGCGCGUGCCGCCUGCUGCUGCACACGCCCGCGGCGCCCAGCGCCUGGUUCCACUUCUUCCUGUGCGGCCUGGUGGGCAUGGGCACUGCCUACGCCUAUGUCUGGAUCUCACAGGCAAGCGGCAAGUGGUAUUACACUGAUUACAAGUUCCAGCCGGUGAGAACUAUAGCUGAAUCCUCCACCACCGGUCACGCCACCAACAUCAUCGCGGGGCUGGGGGUGGGGCUGGAGGCCACUGCGCUGCCGGUGCUGGUCAUGAGCUUCGCCCUGAUCGCCUCCUACUGGCUGGGAAACUCCUCCGGCCUGGUGGAUGGCGGCGCAGACGGCCUGUUUGGCACGGCGGUGGCCACGAUGGGCAUGCUGAGCACCGCGGCAUUCAUCCUGACCAUGGACAUGUUUGGGCCGAUUGCGGACAACGCUGGCGGCAUUGUCGAGAUGAGCCAGCAACCGGAGAGCGUCAGGCGAGUGGAGGUGCAGGCCUCCCUGGGGCGCCACCUGCCUGCCGCCACCUGGGACAUCACUGACCUGCUCGAUGCGGGCUAUGCCAUCGGCUCGGCCGGCCUCGCGUCUUUCCUCCUCUUCUCGGCGUAUCUGGAUGAGGUGGCCGCCUUCUCGGGGGCGCCCUUCACGCAGGUGGACAUUGCGGUGCCCGAGGUGUUUGUGGGCGGCCUGCUGGGCGCCAUGCUCGUCUUCCUCUUCUCCUCCUGGUCCUUUGCGGCCGUGGGGCGUACCGCGCAGGAGGUGGUGAACGAGGUGCGGCGCCAGUUUGCGGAGCGGCCCGGCAUCAUGAACUACACCGAGAAGCCAGACUACGCGAGGUGUGUGUCGAUAGUGGCGGCCUCUGCGCUGCGGGCGAUGAUCAAGCCUGGGGUGCUGGCAGUGGCGGCGCCCUGCUGCGUGGGCAUCGCCUUCCGCCUGCUAGGGGCCGCCACGGGGCAGAGCCUGCUGGGAGCCAGGGCUGUGGCGGGGAUGCUCAUGUUCACAACCGUAACAGGCAAGCUCAAGGGGGUGGUCAUUGCGCGCAUCCUCAUGGCCCUCUUUCUCAACACCGCGGGCGGCGCCUGGGACAACGCCAAAAAGUACAUUGAGAGCGGCGCUCACGGCGGCAAGGGCAGCGACGCGCACAAGGCCGCCGUCACCGGCGACACGGUGGGCGACCCCGCCAAGGACUGCUCCGGACCCUCCCUGCACGUGCUAAUCAAGAUGGUGGCCACCAUAUCACUCGUCAUGGCACCCCUGUUCCUGGACUGA